UUAAGCCAUGUUUGUUGAUAAAAUUAAAUUAAGUGGUUUUUUGGUUUUAAAGAAUUUUGUAUGAAACAGUUCGUUUUAUAGAUGUGUCGAAAAUAUACUAAGUAUUAAGUGUACAAUAAAACACUUUAGCUUUUAAUUCAAUGCUUUUAUGUCCAAAAUAAUGAAGAUAAUAUUCAGAAACAUUAACAGGUGACAGUAAUUAAGUUUAGUUACUUAAUAGGAUGUCGGGUCAUGCUGUGGUAGUUUGGGAAUGGGAAACAAGAAAUGGAUAUUGGAAACCGUAUAGCCCUGCUGUGACUCAGCAUUUAGAAAGAGCUAAUGCUAAGCAGCUCACUCGUGUAAUACUUUCUGAUGCUGACCCUACCCUACAAAAUUUUUAUGUGAAUCUAAGAACGUUGACACAGGAAUUAGAAGACUCAGAUGAUGUUUGUAGAGUAAGAAGGAAAUUUUAUCCUCAAUCGUCUCCUGCUGGUAAAGGAGCGAAAUGGGAAGUUGCUGUUGAGCAUGGACUAGAAUGGCAAGUUUUUGAUAUGGACAUUCAGUGCCUUAUUGAAGAAGCAUGGGCAAGAGGGGACCAAAUAAUAGAUAUGAGUAAAACUCAUUUAGGUUUUCCAUAUAUAAUAAAUUUUAGCACAUUAACCCAGAAAUGGCUAACAAAUGGCCAUAUUCGCAAAGUAAAAAGAACAAAACAAGCACCCUAUCCACUAAUUAAAGUAAAAAUAGAGGAAAUGACUGCUGUCAUGGGAAGAAGAAGUACAGACAUAAGAAAAUCAUGUAGAAUAGAACAUACAAAUGUUAAAACAGAAAAUGUACAAAAUAAGAAAAGCACAAACGGAGGGAAAAAGAAAUCUCAAAAAUCCAAGAAUAAUAAUGAAAUGUCCACUACAAACUUAGCCAAAACUAUCCUGCAUAAUUUAAAUAUAUUUGACUUUUUAGGGCAUAAAUCCACAAAUAACAAUCUUCCAUUACAAGAACACAGUAAAUCAACUAAUUCUGUUUUGGAUGCUGACAGUAGUAGCACAAAAUCUGGUAGAAGACCAAGUUUAGACACUGUAUCAACAUAUCUUAGUCAGGAAAGCCAUGAAAGUCAAAGAACAGCAUCUACUGCAGACUUAUUAAAUUGUAGUGGAGCAAGUAGUGAUGAUGGACACAUUGAAGUGCAAAAAUUACCAUCUAUUAUUGGGGUUGAUUCAGCAAGUGCUAUGAUAUCCCGACACGUUCGCGUUUCUCAACCGGUGGAGUGGGCCCCCCGACAGCCUUGCCCCACUUGCAGGCAACAAUUAAAACCUUGCCGCGUCGUCGUUGCGCUACCGUGCGAUCACGUACUACACUUAGACUGUCUCAAUCUCAUUUUGAAAGAACAACAAUCGUUAGGUGUUACCCUGCAUGUGCAGUGUGCCGUAUGCGGUUGUGUGUAUGGAGAAAAACAUGGUAAUCAACCUCCCGGCACUAUGGAGUGGGGAUUUAUAGAACGUAGUCUCCCAGGAUAUGGAAAUUGUCGGACAAUACAGAUCGUAUACAACAUUCAAUCAGGUAUUCAAGGUGCGAAUCAUCCCAACCCUGGACACGAAUAUUAUGCCGUGGGGUUUCCCCGAGUUGCUUAUUUACCAGAUAGCCCCAAUGGUCGUAAAGCUCUUAGGCUUCUAAAUGUCGCGUGGCAAAGAAAACUCAUUUUUACGGUCAGUCGUUCUCACACCACCGGUUGUGAAGAUGUAGUUUCAUGGAAUUUGCCCCAUAAGACGGAAAUCGGUCCUAGUAGCAGCGGUCAUGGUUAUCCCGAUCCCGGUUACUUGAAUAGAUUGUUUAGGGAACUUGAAGCUUUAGGUGUAACAGAUGACGGAAAUGGGAGGUAAAAAAGACAAUAUUUUCAACUACCUGACUACAAAUGGCAGAAAUAAUAGAAAAUAAAAUGCAAAUACUUUUUUGGAGACUAGAGAAUUGAACUCAAGAUUAUAUUUAGUACUCGAUAGUAGAAAAUGCUUAUAUUAACGUAUUGUUUUCACUUAUUUUUAUCGUUUUACAUAAAAUUUAUCUUUUAAAACGUUAAAAGAAUUCAAAAAUAGUUUAUAUACGAAAAAGUGUGAGUGAAAAACUCCCAAAAUUUCACAAAUACAUUUAAAACCCCUAGAACAUGGGUAACAAAAAGCAUUUUAGGUUUUUUAAAUACCUGUUUGUGGAAUUGUGUUUCAUUUAGUUUACAAUUAGUUUCACAACUAGAUUUGAUUUUCUUGUAACAGCUUUUAGAACUGCAUUGCUUAAAAGACCGAUAUGUAGUUUCUCUUGUUAAGAACAAAGGUAAAACAUUUUCAUUUAAUUUAUUGUCCUAUUUUAAUUAUUUAAACUCAUAUUAUUUAGCUCAUGAUUUGUUCUAAUCCUGGCAGCUAUUUUAUAAAAUGUAAUUAUAUUUUUAUUAUAAAGGUAUUUAUUUCUUUUAAGUUUAUUUUGGAAAAAGUAAAAUUUACUAUUUUUGAUAAUAAAAAUGAUCACGUCUGUUAGAAAGCACUUGUUAGUUAUGCAAAAAAAACGAUAAUUAUGUAAUUCCACAAUCAAGUUUAAAAAAAUAUUUGUAUGCAUAGAUUAUACUUGAUAUGAAAGCAAUCCUUUUUUGUUAAUUAUGUAUUUCUUUAUUAUAUUUUUAUCUUGUUUUAAGUUCUUCAAA